GCUGGAUGUUUCUUCUUCGUGGUGGCCCUUGCAGCCUCCUUGAUGGCCUACGUUGCCUGGAGAGGCUCAAAGCCCAGCGAGUUCUUCGUGGAGGCGGUGCAAGAGACGUACCAGUGCGAGUUGUCUGAGGCCGAGAUCAUUGCCUACUACGAGCUGAAAGAGCGUCUGCGACAGCAGAAGGCUCCGGAUGCACCGGUGGAAAGCACAGAGCCAGAGGAGCAAGAUGCUUGGGUUCGUCAAGCCCUCACGCCGGAGGAACGCCGGGUGCUACAGCAGGCCUUGAUGAGGCGGCUUGUUAGCUGCCUGGAUCGGCUUGACCAGGUGCAGCGAGACAAGCCAGGCAACUACCGGCUCUGGCGUGGUAAGCUGGUGUCGGAGCGGUACUGGGCCUCGCUGCUGGAGGCCGAGCAGAUAGUCUCCGACGAGAUCAGUAGUUGCGUAUCAGAGGCAGCCAUUCUGGAACCGGGCUGGAACGGCCACAUCUUUAAUCAGGCUGUGCAGGUAUGGCGCAUGCAAAAGCAGCAGCAAGCCGAGAAGAAAGAGGUCAAGAAGGAUAAGGAAAAGGAAAAGAAGGAGCGAGAGAAGGCCGAGAAGCGAAAGGAAGUGGAGGCCAAGCUGGCCCAAGAAGAGCAGAUCAAACAGGAGAAGCUGGCGAAGAAAGCCAUGGAGCAGCUGCUGCGCGAGGAG